AUGAAUAAAAAGAGAAAAAUUUCCAGGUACACUGACAUAAGAAACACUGUGUUCUUUGAAAUCACCAUUGGAAUCACUGCCAACACCAUCCUGCUUCUGUUCCACAUCCUCACAUUUCUCCUAAAGCACAGGCCCAAGCCUCUUGACCUGCCUAUUGGGCAGUUAACCUUAAUUCACCUGGUGUUGCUUGUAGCCAUGGGUUUCAUAGCUAAGGACACAUUUGAGUCUCAAGGUUGGAAGGAUGGCCUCAUGUGUAAAGUGGUUAUCUAUUUACAAAGGUUGAUGAGAGCCCUCUCCAUCUGUACCACCUGCCUGCUGAGCAUCCUCCAGGCCAUCAUGCUUAGUCCCAGAAACUCUUGUUUGGAAAAAUUCAAACAUAAGUCCACACAUUACUAUCCAUAUUGUCUUGUGUUCCUGUGGAUCUUCAAUAUGCUUCUGAAUGGUCGUUUCUUAGUCUCUAUUGGUGCCACCCCCAAUGUGACCUCACACAGUCUCAUAUUUGUCACUGAAUCCUGUUCUCAGUGGCCUAUUAAUCAUUUGUUCAGAUACAUAUUUUUUGCCUUGGUGAACAUUCAGGAUAUCUCCUUUAUUGGACUGAUGGCUCUCUCAAGUGGAUAUAUAGUGAGUCUCUUGUGCAGGCAUAAGAGGCGGUUCCAACAUCUUCACAGCACCAGCCAUUCUCCACAGGUAUCCCCAGAAGAAAGGGCCACCCGGACUAUUCUUCUCCUUAUGAGUAUCUUCACAUUAAUGUACUUUUUGGACUGUGUUACUUUCUCCUUGCUUGCAAUACUAUGGAAAAAUGACCCAGUUCAUCAUUUUGUUCAGAUGCUUGUAGGCAAUGCCUAUGCCACAAUCUGUCCAUUUUUGCUAAUGAGCACUGAAAAACGAAUAAUUCAAUGCUUAACAUCGAAGUGGAAAAUAUAG